AUGAAGACCCUAGCGGACACCCUUGAUGCGAUCGGCCAGCCCCUUCAUGAGGAGGAGAUUAUCUCCUACAUCCUCGCCGGGCUCGGACCCAACUACGACCCGCUCGUCACAUCGCUGAGCGUCAAGGACGACAUCACCCUCGACAAGGAUUCCGAGUACGGGAUCGGCAACGGCUCCUCGGUGAACUUCACCCGCCGCAACAACCAAGGUCGCAGUGGCGGCCAAGGAGGACAGGGUGGCCAGCCUGGUCACCCAGGAGGACGCGGCAAUGGCGAUGGCGGUCGUGGCCGUGGACAAGGACGUGGCGGUGGUGGGCAUGGCAGGCCCAACCAAGGAUGCGGCGGCGGCAACGGCGCAGGCAGCGGUGCAUCUCGCCCUAUCUGCCAGAUCUGCAAGAAGGUCGGCCACAUUGCUCUUCGCUGCUACAACCGCUUCGAUCACGCCUACGGUGGAGAAUAG